UCCCCUGGGCUUGGUUGACAUGGGAAAUCAGUGUGGGUGACAAGACGGGUUGUUGUUAUCUCCCGAAAUCGUCAAAAUGGAUGACAUUACUUCGUCGAACGAAAUCUGGCCAGUUAAACAUACUGGAUUAUCAUAUGGACUUCUAGUAAUAACCUGCUCAGCAGUACUUUUUUAUUUGGUUGGCAAAGUUGCGGCCUCUUGUAUUUGUGAAUCCGCGAAACAUGCACCCUGGAGAUGGAAAAAUACGAUAGUAUCAUUGACGCACGCCUGCGUAAGUGGUAGCUGGUCAGUGAUGUGCUUUUACGAGACGCCGAAACUUGCCGAAGACAUGAUCACUACUUAUUCUUCCUUUUCCUACACCCUGAUUUCAUUUUCAGUCGGCUACUUUGUGUACGAUGUAGUGGACAUGUUGCUGUAUCAGCGUACCAGACAAAGCCUGGAGCUCCUUGGCCAUCACGUUGUGAUCCUCCUGUGUUAUAUGGUUGCCAUAACGACGCACAUGUACGUGGGCUACGCAGUGGUUGGGCUCAUCGUUGAGGUGAACAGCAUCUUCCUCCAUUUCAGGCAGAUUCUUCAGAUUAUAGGAUUUCAGAAAGACAACAAUUUCUACAGGAUGAACAGCCUGAUUAAUCUGGGUACCUUCAUCGUGUGUCGCAUCAGCCUGCUGGCCUGGAUGACUCGAUGGAUUGUCAUCAACAAGGAUUAUGUGCCUCUCUUAUUCUACACCAUGGGUAGCGUGGGACUGGCCAUUUUGACGCUGAUGAACAUAAUCCUAUUUUAUCGUUUGUUGAUGAGUGACUUCAUCAAGAAGAGGGAGACACGUUCAAAGAAUGAAUAGAUGCCAGAGAGUUGAUGACAUACAGUUGCCAGAGUGAGGCUUGCCAUUCCAGUCUUCUUCAAGUUGUACGUAAUUGUUCCAAUGAGAAAUUGAUCCAGUGGCUGCUUGGACACCAUAGUAGCAUUGAUUCUAUUCUGUUGAAGGAACAUUAGAAUACAGUGGCUUUAAGAAGCAGAGGAACCAGUGAUAAUAUGGAACCAGCCGUCUGUAGUGUGGUAUUAGCUUAUUUCCAGGGUGCUUUGUGACUGUCUGAAAUCCAGUUGAGUGUAAACACCAAGCGUAUCAUAGAAGGCAUAUGAUUGGUUCCUACACUGAGCAUUAAUUGGUAUGUUCGUAUCACCCAGUGCUGGUGUGUUUCACCGUGUGGGUAUGUUAGUAUGACCCAGUGCUGGUGUGUUUCACCGUGUGGGUAUGUUGGUAUCACCCAGUGCUGGUGUGUUUCACCGUGUGGGUAUGUUGGUAUCACCCAGUGCUGGUGUGUUUCACCGUGUGGGUAUGUUCGUAUCACCCAGUGCUGGUGUGUUUCACCGUGUGGGUAUGUUCGUAUCACCCAGUGCUGGUGUGUUUCACCGUGUGGGUAUGCUCAGUUUCGUGGUUCUCCACGUGGUAAAUACCCUGGCCCCAUCUGGUUGUGUUAUGUACACACUGUAUGGCGACAGGAUAACCACCAUUUGAUGACAGAUAAACUGUGUAGACUUGCGACAAAAGCUUCCUCGAUAAUCUCCAGGAUAUACAUUCUGAUAAAUCGCCACUAGUGUCCUUUAUGCAUCUACAACUCGGCCUGAUAAUUGUAUUACCUCCUUUUCCUGGCUUUUUAUCCAAUCAGGUGUGUACACUGGGAAGUCGAGUGUACCAAUGACAAGUCUUCUAUCAUAACUCACUUCCGCUUCUCUUAUGUAACCGAUUAAACUUGGCAACACAAUUGUUGCAGAGGCACCCUGAAAGAGGUACAAGUUGUUGUAUGUAUUUAUGAAGGUUUUAGACCUGUCAAUUUGUCUGUAUGAUAUUUUCAUUGUUGAUACUGGCAAGCUCGGUUGUAACAGCUUGUCUGAUUGGCUACUGUGAGAAGAUGCUGCCAGCGAAGGGAGGUAAUACAAUUAUCAGGCCGAAACGUCGAUGCAUCUAGGGUACUGGUGGAGAUUUAUCAAAACAUAUACCUUGGAUAUUAUCGAGGUUGGAGACAAGAGGUGAUGGCAACAAAACUGUUAGUGAGUGAAGUGUAUUUACUGGCCAGGGUGAGUUAUGAAGUCUUUCACGGUAUGCUGCCAUAAUGCCAAGUUUGAUACUGAUUUCAAGAACAACAUCUACCUCAGAGAACUAGGCAGUCAUGUCUGUGUCCAGGUUUAAUCAAGCUAUAUUAUACAUAUCACCUGAACAGUCACAAUGUACAGGGAGUAGUGGCCAGAUAAUGAAAAACAUUCAUUGCACCUUCCAUUAAGAAACAACAUUUUGAUCAGAUUGAAGCAUGUGAAUGUCAUACAAUUUGGGGUGAAUGUCACACAGUGUCAGGUGAAUGUCAUACAGUGUUUUGUGAAUGCCAUACAGUGUUGGGUGAAUGCCAUACAGUGUUUUGUGAAUGCCAUACAGUGUUGUGUUGGGUGAAUGUCAUACAGUGUUGGGUGAAUGCCAUACAGUGUUGAAUGAAUGCCAUACAGUGUUGGGUGAAUGCCAUACAGUGUUGGGUGAAUGUCAUACAGUGUUGGGUGAAUGUCAUACAGUGUUGGAUGAAUGCCAUACAGUGUUGGGUGAAUGCCAUACAGUGUUUUGUGAAUGCCAUACAGUGUUGUGUUGGGUGAAUGUCAUACAGUGUUGGGUGAAUGCCAUA